UGUGGAACUGCCUCUGCCUCUAUCCUCUCAAUCUCAACUCUCUAUUCUUCCAACUUGAUCUAGACCGCAAACGCCUGCAAACGCCUGGAAACGCCACGUCGGUAUAGCCUGCCCGUUCCCCCCUAGCACCGAAGCUGUUUUAUUUCUUUACUUUCCUCUCUGGAAUAAGGAAUUUAUUCUGCGAGAGUUUGGGACCGGUCAGGUGACGUUUCGGAACUGCAUUCGCGAGAAUUGUUAUCCCGUUGCCAAGUUGGUUGCACUGGACGAGAAAAAAAAGGGGGGGUUCUUAUCGGCUAGCUUGACUUGGUUCAUCUCGGCUUGAUUCCACGUGCAUUGCGGCUUCACAUAAUAUGAUCCACUCGAUAUGACUUUACGGGCUGUAUGCGGUGGCGCGCGCGCCUCUCGCAGGUGUCCGAAAAUGAGUUCGAUCAAUUUGAUAUGCGCUGAGCUAGCUGCAACGGCUGAGAGGACUAGGGUGGGUCCGGCUGUGUGGAGGAGAUCUGCGCAUAUCGUGAGUAUGGCCGCGUUAGGAUGUCAGGGUUUGGCUUUGAACGAGAGUACGCGUUGGCCGGGGGCGGCAAAACGCUUACGUCCGCUGGAUGAGGCAAGUAGCGUUAGAGUCGGAUUGUGGCGGCGGUCCGGGUGUAGUAGGUCCUUUUCGCAGACUGCCAGAUUCUUAGAGGAGAAUGAAGAAACUAAGAGGAAAGAACAAGUUUCCCCUGAAUCUUCUUCGAAACAAAUAGCUAGGGAGCCGAAAGGUAUCCGGAAGGUAAUUCCCAAGGUGAUGCCCGCGCUGGCGCAGCACGAAAACAUCUACACGGUCCCCAACCUGCUGACGUUUUCGCGCCUCAUCGCCGCGCCGUUCAUCGGCUAUGCCAUCGUGCACGACGCGCAUGUCUUGGCUUUGGGUCUGUUUGCUUACGCAGGCGUCUCGGACCUCCUGGACGGCUGGAUUGCUCGCAAAUGGAAGCUUCAGACCGUCGUUGGGAGCGUGGUGGACCCUAUGGCGGAUAAGAUGCUUAUGACGGUUUUGACCGUAUGUCUUGCUUACAAGGGGGCGCUACCUAUAUGGUUAGCCGUCACGAUCCUCGGGCGGGAUGUUGGUCUAGCAAUUUCGGCCAUCUACUACCGGUGGAUAUCUCUGCCGCCCCCGAAGACGUUCACGCGCUACUGGGACUUCUCCUUACCGUCAGCGGAGGUGCGGCCUACGACUAUUAGCAAGUAUAAUACGUUCUUGCAGUUGGGACUUAUGGGAGCUACUAUGGCGACACCACUUUUAGCUGCGGAUGUGGGAAUGGCUAUGACGGCCUUUCAGUAUUUGGUUGCGACCACAACCGUCUGGAGCGGCCUCAGUUACGUGUUUAGCAAGGACGCAGUGAGAAUCUUAUCCGAGAAUAAAGCCAAGUCCAAAGGCCAAUAGUUUCAAUUGAAGAUUAUUAAGUUAUCCAUCAAUAAGUUCAGCCUAUGUAAAUUUGUUGUAGUUAGCUUAAGCCAAGCGGAUGAUAUCUAUAUGCGAUCAGGCGAUGUACAUAGUACUUCCGUAGCACGUGACGUGAAUAGAAGUAGAACCCCUGAGA